AUGGCGAGCGGCGGUAUAAUCGAGGAGGCGGAAAACGUGGAUGGCGGAGCGGGGGGCGUGGGGAUGGAGAUGCGCGGGGUGCUGUUCCGGUGGGGGGAGAUGGGCGUUAAGGUCGCCUUCCGCUCGUCCGAUUUCCCCCGCCACGUCAUCAUCCUUGGUGGCCUCACGGACGGGCUGCUGCCGACGCAGUACACCGCCAGGCUGGCGUCCGAGCUGGCAGCCGUCCAUUGGUCGCUGCUGCAGACUCAGCUUUCAUCGUCUUACUUUGGAUACGGCGCUGCGUCAUUAGAGAAGGAUGCUGCCGAAAUAGAUGACCUCAUCGCUUACAUCAUCAAGCGGUACCAGGCUUCGGAGGUCGUCCUGGUCGGCCACAGCACAGGCUGUCAGGACAUAGUGGCGUAUCUCAAGAGCACUAAAGCUAUCCAUCGCAGCGCAGUCAAAGCCGCCAUUCUUCAGGCGCCAACGAGUGACAGGGAGUGCAUGGAGCAGCAGGCGAGGGAAGGGGGAAAGGACACAGAGGAUGCCUUUGAGGAGAUGAAACAGGCGGCACAGGCCAUGAUUGCGGGCGGCAGAGGCGCCGAGAUGAUGCCGAGAAGUGCCGAUCCGCUCGCACCAAUCACAGCGAACAGGUUCCACUCCCUGGCGAGCAUGGGAGGGGAUGAUGACAUGUUCAGCUCUGACUUUUCAGACGAGGAGUUGAAGGAGCGGCUGGGGCACAUGGGUGCAUGGCCGUGCCUGGUGAUUCUAUCAGGGGAGGAUCAAUACGUGCCAAGAGCUUUAGACAAGGAAAAGCUGCUACAGAGGCUCUGUGCUGCUAUCGGUGGUGCCACCGCUGCCCUAAUUCCUGGAGCCGACCACUCCUUGAGUAACACAGUGGACGAAGCGGUUACCACGAUAACGGAUUUCAUUAAGGAGCUUUAA